AUGACCACCGUGGCUAUCACGAGCGAUUUGGAGCCGUACUUGGACUCCCUUCGAUCUUAUCUAGCCAGAGGACAUAUGGCUUCGUCGUCAUCGUCGUCAUCAUCGGUAUCACCUCGACCUGGAACGGAGGAUGAAGGAGAGGGAGGCGCCGAGAAUGCGGUAGACUCCGACUCCCCUGAAUCCCAUUCGCCAAUGGGAAAUGAAGAAUUGGGAAGGAAGAGGAAAUGUGAAAUGGAGAGACAGGUCAAGAAAUAUACAGUUCGGCCGGUUGGUAAGGAGUCUAUCCCGAGAUCGUCUUUACCCUAG